CGGUCGUGUGAAUUUGUGAUGCCCGCCGAGUCCAAGUCGGUCCGUAAAGAGAAACGGAAAUACCAUCACAAAUCACGCAAUGGCUGCAGCCAAUGCAAGCAGCGCCACAUCAAGGUUCAAAUUGCUCCCGGUCCCUUGAGGACAACAAACUUCAAUGUUGAAUGUAUGAAUGUGGCAAACCGCGCCUGCAGCUUCAUGGGCAUGAAACCAGAUUUGCCGCCUCCAGACAGUCAAAGUCACACACCGUCCGUGAUAUCAACAUCUAUGACACCGACCGUACCAUGGUUAAACUUUUCCAGGUUCGGCCAAACAUCAGAGUUUAGUCUGGUGGAUCUGGCAAUGCUUCACAACUUCACCACGCAGACGAAUCGCACGCUAGCCUCGCAUCCAGAAAUUCAGAAUCUCUGGGCCACCUCGAUGGUUCAAAUCGGAUUUGACCACCGUUUUUUGCUGCAUGGUCUGCUUUCCCUGUCGGCAUUGCAGGCUGCUUAUACCGAGUCCGAAGAUUCCCGGCAGCUAAUCGAUUAUGCAUCGCAACACCAGGCUAUUUCGCUGAGCCUAUAUCAGCUUGCAAUCGCAAACCCCACCGAGGAUCAGUAUGAUGCUGUUUUUGCACUGUCGAUAGUGAUUCUUAUUCUAGCACUCGCCACCACCGGUGAUGAAUACGGAGAGGCCGGUAUGUUUGAUUGCAAGUGGAUUCGCCUAACCCGGGGAAUCCGCGAUGUGAAUGGCAGCAGCUUUGAAAAUAUACGGAAGGGCCCGUUGGCGCUUCUUAUGUACGAAGACGAAUUCAAAAACGCAACAUCUAAACAGAUCCAGUCUAUUACAUCAGAGAAAGUUCAGGAAUGCCUACCAGAUGAAUUGAAGCGCCUAGAACGAUUAUGGUGCGGCGAAGAAUCGCUCCCGGACCUGAACGAAAGUGAACGGGACACAUACAACGAGGUAUAUAUGUGCCUCAGACACACUUACUCGGCCAUUUUGACGCAAGACGAGGAAUUGAUGUCCAAUGAAAAUAGUCCAUCCGGAAUCAAGCGUGCGUACACACGAGAUCGGCUCAUCGCCGAGGUCUUCUUCUGGAUUUUCAACGUGCCAACCCGCUAUAUAGAGCUGUUAGAAGAACAGAACCCGAUAGCCCUUAUAUUGUUCGCUCACUACGCUUCUCUCUUUGGAGAGGUGUGUCAGGGGUGGUUUUCCGAUCGCAGUGCACGUGCCAUGGUGACGAGUAUAUGGAAUGUUUUGGACGAGAAAUCGCGCAAAUGGAUUGAGGGUCCUAUGGAAGUAUUACGGCGCAAUCAAAAAGAGCAUACGUGA